CAGCCACGUGUAGAGAUUGCUCCUGCGGCAACUGUGAUAUUGAACCCGUCCGCGCAGCUUACUUACUUUCGCUUCGUCCCAGUCGACCUUGUUGCUGCACUAGCGUGAGGUGCGGAUGAGCGGUCUUUUCCCAGAGCGCGGUGUCUUGAGUAGGUGUGUUUAUACAUGCCACGAUGGGGAAAAUAACCGAGGAUUGCUACCGCCAGCUCGAGAAUCCCGGAGCCAUUAAAGCUAAACCAGAGCUGAACCUGGAAGAAAUUGCAAGGCUUGAGCUCGGCGAAACUCCUGAAACCAAAGCAGAGUCCUUGCUGCGGCUGCGCCAACUGUUAGAAGGGGAGCCCAGCCUGAAGAUUCCUCAGACCGAUGGCUUCCUUGUCAUGUUUCUGCGGGCCCGGAAAUACAGAGUAGAAGAUGCGUUCAAGAUGGUAAAAAACUUCUUCCGCGCGCGGCGAGACAUGCCGCAGUUUUUCGACGGCCUUGUCCCUGGGAAUGUUCCGUUGAAAACAGUUUGCAACGACCACAAACUUAUGUUGAUAUCGCCUGAACCUGACGAAUACGGACGGAGCGUGGGAGUCUUCCAUAUAGGUGCUUGGAAUCCUGACGUGUGCAGCCUGGUAGACUUUACAAGAGCGUUUCUUCUGUUGACCGGCAGCUGGCUGCAGGAAGAUCAUCCAUCAAUAUGUGGAGCCGUUAGCAUCAUGGACAUGAAGGGACUGAACAUCCAUCAUUUGACGCACAUCACACCGUCGUUCCUGGUGAAAGUUGCCCACCUUACACAGGACUGCUGCCCUGUACGUACGAAAGCUGUCUACAUAAUAAACCACCCGAAAAUCUUUGAAGUUAUCUUUUCUGCGAUCAAGCCAUUUCUACGAAGUAAGCUGCUAAGCAGGGUGCACUUCAUCGGGAACGAAGCUCUCGAGUUUUGGGACCACAUUCCCAGCGACCUCGUGCCAUCGGAAUAUGGCGGCAGCCGCGAGCAUUUCGACUACGCUCGUCAAGAACAGUUCGUGCGCAGCAACAGAAUUUUCUUCGAAAGUCUGUGUGACUGCGGAUACAAAGACAAAUAAUACGACCUGAUCAGGGAUUGAUCAUGUGUGGCCUUACAUAUCAAUUAAUAAAGGUUGUACAUCUUUGUUCGCCGAAAUCUGCAGGCAAGCCUGAGUGAGAUACCUCUAGCGCCCACUACUGAGGCCGA